GGCUCCAUCUGUACUCAGUCGUUUAGCGCAGGGGUUUGACACGUAUGCUGUUUUCCUUCUGUCCGGAUUCUGUAUAAAUGUUAGUGAAACAAAUAAAAGAUAUCGUUGCCCUUUGCUGUCGUGCUACUACUUCGUGAUCAGGCGGUGAGAGAUUUUUUUUAGACAGGAUAUAGAACAACCGGAAAAAUGAGCACCGUAGCAGAACAACCUUGCUACACUCUGAUAAACAUUCCGACCGAUACUGAGCCCUUGAACGAGCUCCAGCUAAAGCAGGAUUUGGAGAAAGGCGAUGUCCAGACAAAGAUCGAUGCACUUAAAAAAACAAUUCACAUGAUCCUGUCCGGCGAACGUUUGCCAGGACUCUUGAUGACCAUCAUCAGGUUCGUCCUGCCGCUACAGGAUCACACCAUAAAAAAGCUGUUGUUGAUAUUCUGGGAGAUUGUACCAAAAACAUCACCUGAUGGGAAAUUGCUUCAGGAAAUGAUUUUAGUCUGCGAUGCUUACAGAAAGGACUUACAGCAUCCAAAUGAAUUUGUGAGAGGCUCUACUUUAAGAUUUUUAUGCAAACUGAAGGAGCCAGAACUUUUGGAGCCUCUGAUGCCUGCGAUAACUGCAUGUCUAGAGCACAGACACUCCUAUGUCAGGCGCAAUGCAGUCUUAGCUAUUUUUACAAUUUACAGGAACUUUGAGUUUCUCAUACCGGACGCACCAGAAUUAAUAGCGAAGUAUUUGGAAGGCGAACAGGACAUGUCAUGUAGGAGGAACGCGUUUUUAAUGCUGUUGCAUGCUGACCAAAGCCGAGCACUGGCUUAUUUAGCCGCUUGUCUUGACCAAGUGCCCAGCUUUGGUGAUAUACUACAGCUGGUUAUCGUAGAAUUAAUUUAUAAG